AAACCAAGGGCAGUUUGCAUUUGGGGCCCCCUUCGUGCCAAUGGUGUCCUGAGUCUCUUGUAUUUUCUACUGCAGGUCUCAUGGUCUAGUAUGGACCCUGUUGCUAUUCACAGCUGCCACCUCCUCCAGCAGCUGCGAGAGCAGCGGAUCCAGGGCCUGCUUUGUGACUGCAUGCUGGUGGUGAGGGGCGUGUGCUUCAAAGCACACAAGAAUGUGCUGGCAGCCUUCAGCCAGUAUUUCAGGAGUCUUUUUCAGAACUCUUCCAGCCAGAAGAAUGACGUCUUUCACCUGGACGUUAAAAACGUCAGUGGCAUCGGGCAGAUCCUGGACUUCAUGUACACGUCGCGCCUCGACCUUAACCAGGACAACAUUCAGGUGAUGCUGGACACAGCGCAGUGUUUGCAAGUGCAGAACGUUCUGAAUCUGUGCCACACGUUUCUGAAGUCGGCCUCCGCGGCACCGGUGCCAGGCUUGCCUUGUGCUGGCGGCUUCUCCCUGCAGGGUGUGAGUCUGGACGGCACAUGCGCGGCGAGUGAGCAGUACCCACCUCACUCACUGCAGGACUGCCCUGUGGAAGGCCCGCGGGCUAAAGACGUGUCCGGAGGGAAUCCCCGUGCUCCACCAGCAGAUUUCGGUCGUCCCACAGGAGAAGGGUCAAAACCAGCUGCCACAAGUGGCAGCUGCCCAGAGGCGCCCCGCAAACAGCCCAACUGCUAUUACAAACUCAGAACACUGUACAGCAAGCAGUACUACAAGCAAACUGCCUGCCCCAGUCCGGUGCCUGCCACAGAGCAGCCGCCCACUCCCCGUGCCUCCACAGACCUCGCUGCAGCAGACUCACAGCCGCCUGUGGAGGGCCGUGCAAGGGUCCCGGAGUCUCCAGAGCACUUGCCUUCCACUGUUGUGGCUCCGCCGGUCAGGAACUCUGGCAUCGACUCAGAGGCAGACACCCUUUCUCAGCCACCUGCCAAGCAGAUGAGGCUGAAGAAGGCCAUGCACCUGAAGAAACUAAACUUUCUUAAGUCACAGCAGUCAGCUGAGUGCACUUCACAUCCUCAGUCAGAUAAUGUGUUAGUCAGGAGGGAGGAAUCUGCUGCUAAGGAAGAUGCAGGGGAAAGAGCUGGAAGCCAGACAACUGAAGACAAAGGGAGGCAAGAACUGGGUCCAGAGAGCAGCCGCGAGGUGGAGAUGCCAGGAGCCCCAGCUUCCUGGGAAGACCCGUCCCAGGCCCUCCAGUCCCAGAAACAGUAUGCGUGUGAAUUGUGUGGGAAGCCUUUUAAACACCCAAGCAAUCUGGAGCUGCACAAACGGUCUCAUACAGGUGAGAAACCUUUUGAAUGUAACAUUUGUGGGAAACACUUCUCUCAGGCAGGCAACCUUCAGACUCACUUACGCCGGCACUCUGGGGAGAAGCCAUACAUCUGUGAAAUCUGUGGAAAGAGGUUUGCAGCCUCUGGUGACGUCCAGCGCCACAUCAUCAUUCACUCUGGAGAGAAGCCACACUUGUGUGACACGUGCGGCCGAGGGUUCAGCAACUUCAGCAAUUUGAAAGAGCACAAAAAGACGCACACAGCUGACAAGGUGUUCACCUGUGAUGAGUGUGGGAAGUCCUUCAACAUGCAGAGGAAGCUGGUGAAGCACCGUGUGCGGCACACGGGAGAGCGGCCAUACAGCUGCCCUGCCUGUGGGAAGUGCUUUGGGGGCUCAGGAGACCUGCGUAGGCACGUCCGCACUCACACUGGGGAAAAGCCGUACAGCUGUGAGAUCUGCAGCAAAUGUUUUACACGCUCCGCCGUGCUGCGGCGGCACAAGAGGAUGCACGGCAGAGCUGAGGCCAGGAGCCCAGUCGUGCUGGAUGAGCUGAGCCAGGCCAUUGAGACCUCUGACCUUGACAGGUCUCAGAGCUCGGACUCCUUCUCCCAGGAUGUGUCUGUCACACUGAUGCCUGUGUCUGUCAAGCUCCCUGCGCACCCCGUGGAAAGUUCUGUGGCUGGAUUUGAUGGUCACUGUACUGGCUCCUACUGUAAGUUACGCUCCAUGCUUCACCCUCCUAGCAUGAGUGACCAGGACAAACUGAGCCUGGAACCCACUAAGGUGGCCAAGCCACCAGAGUUGCACAGCCAGCCGCAGGCCUACACUUACUCAGAUGUGGACACCUCAGCAGGUGUGCAGCAGCCACAGGCUGAUGGCACGGCUGUGUCCCGCUCCUCCCUGGCCACUCUGGACAACCACUGCACCGAGCCACUGGGCAGCCGGGCACCUUCGGUGACUUACAGGAGCUCUGAGGGACAGUUUUUCUCUAGUAUGACUCUCUGGGGGCUGGCAAUGAAGACGCUGCAGAAUGAGCACGAGCUGGAGCAGUGACAUCUCGUAGCACUGAAUGGCUACGUGAUUCCCUCCCACUGACUGCUGGGAGCUCUAGCACCAUGAGUUCAGGCUUUGGGAGAAAGCCCUGCUUGCCCCCUGCAGUCCCAGGGAGGCAGACUGCAUAGGGUAUAAGAACAGCCGGUGAACGUCAGUGUGACAGUGUACCUCGUGUCAGCUACUGUACAUUUUGGUCCUGUUAAAUGGCAUAUGUAUAUACAAAAAUAUAGAUAUUUUUACAUUUUUAUAUGAUAGAAAUGUUUAGUAUAUUUUAAAAUAUUUAUACAGAUUCUAUUUGUAUAUCGAACUUAUAAUUUAAUUUGAAUAAACAAGCUAGUUUUUCCAUAUAA